GUUUAGUUUAGUACGUCACGUUUUGCGGUGUGUCUACGCGGAAGAACGCAAACUUCUCAUUUCGUAUCAAAGCAAAAAAAGUGCCUACACAAUAAUAACAACAACAAGAAAUCUUUAUAUUAGUGGUGUUGAAAAUAACAACAGCAAAAAUAAAGUAGCAAGCAAACAAUAUUGAGUAGUCAUAGAAGUAAAGAAAAAAAAAGCGAAGAAAAUCUAGCAUACAACAACAAGUGCGCGUUAAGUUAAAACAGCACUAGCAACAACUACAGCAAAAACAGCUAUACUAAUAAAACAUAAGCAGUGCAAAACAUAGCAUAAUACUUGAGGUAUUGCAACAACAACAAAGCGCGAGUGCAAAUUUAGCGACAAAGAAAAGUGUAAUAAAAAAUUAUAUUUCAAUAAUACAUAUUUUUUUAACUUUUAAAUUACAAGAAGUCGCAUUGUUGAUAUUUUUACUUCUUAUUUGCUGUAGUAGCGAUAAUAUAAAAAUAAAACAAAAACAAGUUGCAACUGUGUAAAAAAUAUUUGCAUAAAAGCAAAUAUUUAUAAACUUUGAAUUAGCAGCAAGGAAAUACACUGGAAAAAUUGGUAACUCACUAUUUUGUAUCUGUAUGUUCAAAGCAACGAAACAUAUUAGUUUAAUAAACACAAGUGCGCUUAUAAAUAUUUUAAUUACCAAAAAACUAAUCAAAGCAGUGCUUUGAGAGUUAGAAAUAAAAUUUAAAAAGCAGUGCUUAAAAAAUAUUCGUAAAAAAUUUAAAUUAUCAAAGCUGUGCUUUGAAUACGUACGCCAAUACAUAAUCAACUACAAAAGCUGCAAAAAGUAAUAAUAAGCAGCAGUAAAAAAUUAACAAAAAAAACAGUAAUUACAAAAAGUCAAAAUACACCACAAACACAACAUGGCUUAUUAUCACCACAGUGUUUCGACAUCGAAAAUUCUUAUUAGCGGCAUACCGCUGCAAACGCGUUUCGAAGACAUCGAACCGCUGCUAAAGCCAUACGGCAUCGUCAAACAGUGUGAGGCUGUGUCUAGUAAGGACCCCAAUACUCAGACUGUACAUAUAACAUUCGAAAAUCCCGAUCAGGCUCAAAGAGCUGCUGGCGGAUUGAACGGUGUCGAAUUCGAGGGCAACAAAUUGCACGCCGAGCCAUUGGACAAGAACCAACGUCGCACUAAUCGUAAUCAGCGCAAUCCAUAUCCCGGUAUGCCAGGACCCGGACGUCAAGCUGAUUUUCCGCUGCGCAUUCUUGUGCAAAGUGAAAUGGUCGGCGCCAUUAUUGGCCGUCAAGGUAUCACCAUACGCACGAUCACACAACAAAGCCAUGCACGUGUCGAUGUGCAUCGAAAGGAGAAUGUCGGCUCGCUGGAGAAAGCGAUCACCAUUUAUGGUAAUCCGGAAAAUUGCACGAACGCGUGCAAACGCAUUUUGGAGGUGAUGCAACAGGAAGCCAUCUCUACGAAUAAAGGUGACAUAUGCUUGAAGAUUUUGGCACAUAACAAUCUAAUCGGUCGCAUUAUUGGUAAAAACGGUAAUACGAUCAAGCGUAUUAUGCAAGACACGGAUACGAAGAUCACUGUCAGCUCGAUUAACGAUAUCAAUAGCUUCAAUUUGGAACGUAUCAUUACGGUUAAGGGCCUAAUCGAUAAUAUGUCACGUGCCGAGGCGCAAAUAAGUUCCAAACUACGACAAAGCUACGAGAACGAUUUGCAAGCAAUGGCGCCACAAAGCCUAAUGUUCCCUGGCCUUCAUCCGAUGGCCAUGAUGUCGACACCCGGCAAUGGCAUGGUAUUCAAUCCAAGCAUGCCAUAUCAAUCGUGUCCGGGUUUCCCGAUGUCCAAGACACCGGCUAGUGUGGUACCGCCUGUCUUCCCCAACGAUAUGCAGGAGACCACAUACCUGUACAUACCGAACAAUGCGGUGGGCGCGAUUAUCGGCACCAAAGGCUCAUACAUACGCAGUGUCAUGCGUUUCUCCAAUGCCUCGCUCAAGAUCGCACCAAUCGACAACGAUAAACCGGCCGAGCAGCAAACCGAACGCAAAGUGACAAUCGUCGGCACACCCGAAGGCCAAUGGAAGGCACAAUACAUGAUUUUCGAGAAGAUGCGGGAAGAGGGAUUCAUGUGCGGCACCGAAGAUGUACGACUAACAGUCGAAAUUAUGGUGGCAAGCUCACAGGUCGGCCGGAUAAUCGGCAAGGGCGGACAGAAUGUGCGCGACUUGCAACGCGUUACUGGCAGCGUUAUCAAGCUACCAGAGCAUGCGGUGGCGCCAGCAUCGGGUGGUGAUGAGGAGACUCCCGUCCACAUAAUCGGACAAUUCUAUAGCGUACAGUCGGCACAGCGACGCAUACGCGCUAUGAUGAUGUCGACGAAUCCGCCACCGGUGACCAAAAAACAGAAAGCCGCCAAGGAGCAAACCGCCGCCGCCGCCGCUGCAGCAGCUGCUGCCACUGCCGGCAGUGGGACCCAGCAGCUGCAGCAGCAGCAAGUAACACAACAGCAGCAGCAACAACAUCAACUGCAACAACAGCCGCAACAACAACAACAACAACAGCAGCAGCAGCAGUCGCCGCCGCAGCAACAACAACAGCCACCUGCGUCAAGUCAGUAAGCCAAGUAGUAAAAACACAAAAACAAAUAAAAAUUAUAAAUGCGUUUCAAACGUUUUGUUGAAACUACUUA